AUGCUGUGGCCGUCGCUCUGUCUCGUGAGCCUCUACUGCUACCUCGCCUACCACAACUACAACCUCGCCAAGAUGGCCACCUACUGCAUCCUGCAGGUGACCAAGAUGCAGGCGCAGCUGCUCGAUCACCUGCCCCGAGCGACGAGCCACCGGCCGCCACGGGCAGCACCGUGCGCCAAGCCUCCGAUCGUCGACCUCGCUAACGACGCAAGUGAAGAUGUCCCGCCUACUCCGCAACGACCGAUCGCCGUCGAUGACGAGACGAAUCCGGCCGACGCCACGCUGACGAACGAGUCGAACUACUGCUUCCUCAAUGCGACACUGCACUGCUUGGUACGCACACCCGACUUUCGAGCGUCGCUUGCGAAUGCAUUUCGCCCACUGUCGACGCCCAGACGCACGUUGACGCCCCGCGAGCGAUGCGUUGCUGUCUUGCUUAAUGUCACGCACAUGCUCAAGGAAGGCAAGGGCGCGACGCUGGACCUUCUUGCCUUGGGCUUGAUCGAUGCAUUACGAAGCAUUGGCGUGACAUGGAUUGACCUGCCUCGGCGACAAGGCCAACAAGACGCCGAAGAGUGCUUGUCGUAUCUGCUCGAGCUCAUUCGCGGCGUCGUGCAAGCACCCACGGCGUCCUUGAGCCCCCAAGAUGAGCACGCGCUCUCUGCUGCGACCCACGCGCUCUGCAAUGUACUGCAACGGUGCUCGUCACACGACGCGAGUACAUACAGCGCUCCACUCCAGCACUUGGCGAGCCUCGCAUGGGACGAGUUUCUCCGCCGCAACCGAUCGUUCGUGACGCGCGAUUUCAUGGGCCAGCUCGUCGAAGGCUCGACGUGCGUCUCCUGCAACAUUCUCUCCUGCCGUCUCACGACCACCACCGUCGUGCCGCUCGGGCUCCACUCGUCGACUGCAGCCAUGUCCCUCGACAGCUGCCUCGCCGCGUUCAAGCAGGUCGAAGACCUUUGCGCCGAGGACGCUGUCUUUUGCGAACGCUGCGACCGGAAAACCGGGCACCGCAUCCAAACGCUCUUCAUGCGCAUACCGAAGCGCCUCGUGCUCCAGCUCAAGCGCUUCACGUGCAACCGAUAUGGUUUGAUGGCCAAGAACAGCGCGACCGUCAUCUUUCCCGUCCAGCGGCUCAACAUGACGCCGUACCUCUUUUCGCAGCAGUCGCCGUGCGAGUACCAGCUCUACGCGGUCUGCGCACACACGGGGAGCUCGGUCGCGGCCGGGCACUACCUCGCGUACACGCGGCUGUCGCUCACCAACGCGACGUCGCUCUGGCUCAGAUACAACGACACGCAGAUCACGACGCUGAGCCAGACGCAAAUGCUGCACGAGACGGCAACGUCCGCGUACCUUUUGUUGUACGAGCGCAUCGAGCCCCGUAGCUCUAUUUAACCCACAUAGUAUAAUAUAUUAGUCUAGU